UUUAUUUCCCAUAGUUAGCCAGAAUCUAUACUGGUACGGUGCUUAGAUCUGCACAUAAAACCUUCAGCGGGAGAUUGAUGUUUCUGUAAAUUGAAUUGCUCUCUUGUACACAACAGGCUAGCGACUGGCGUAUUGAAUGGAGGAAAAUGUAAGUUACUUCUAUUGUAAAAAAAAAACCCAGUAUUUUCACAGAUGUAAAGGGGGAAAUAUCCUAUACGGAAGCCAAAUGUCCCUCUCAUCUUGGUCUCUAACACAGGUAGAGUCUCUGUUAUGGUUUCAAUUAAUUUCUUAAGGAUGCAGGAGGUUGAGUAAUGAGGAUGACAAAGACAAAGCCUUUGUCAAAGCCUGCUCCAACGACGAGUCAAAACAGUGACAACUGAUAAGCCUGAUUCAGUGUGAGGGGCACGCAUGCAGCAGGUGUGGCACUGACCUCUACUAGAGUGAUUUAUCACUAACUUUGGCGUACUGACAAUGUCAUUCUUCAUUUGAAGAAGAGCAGAGGGAGGGAAGUCUAAAGAAACUGCUGAUGGUUCCUUAUCGUCAGCAAUGCAGUGAUUCAAAAAGAAGGUUUCCUGCACUGUGAUCAAAGCUGGUGCUGUAAGUUACAAUACAGCUCAUAAACUUUGCUGUAUCCCCCUGUCGGUUUUCCAUCUGGCCACUUUACUGUUCAUGUGUUGUGAAACAGAAGCGUAAAUCACUCUAAACAUGACGCUGAAGUCUGAGCGAGAUAAGGAUAAUAUUAGGUUAGCUUACUUUAUGGGCUGGAAGAAGUCCCGCGCUGUGGUUCGCUGCUCAGCGGUCUGAGUGGGAAGCAGGAGGCCUAUAUAGCAUCAUCAGUUCCUGCCUGAUCUGUUGAGGGAUAAAAAGGACAGAGAAUUACAAAUAUGGCUUAUGGUUGAAAGUCAUUCGCAAGGUUAUGCUAAUAGCACAACUAAUCAAGAAACCAUUUAUUUAGCAGCACACCAAUGCGGGUAAACUUAAUUCCCCUGGGAAGGCAAAUCCAUGAUUGGCUCUUAAUUGUGUCAUUUGGGAUCCAAUGUGCAGAGACAGAGAGCAUGCAAAGCACCAUUAACAGCUCGUGGAUACUUGCUUCUUUCUUUUUUUUUGCUGAACAGGUAACUUCUAUAUUUAACCUGCUUAGACAUACAAUUCAAUUGCGACACGUUGUUGUUUAAAGAGUAGUUAGUUUGAUGGAGCAUGCCAAUUAAAGUAUAGGCCCUUUUCACAGCAGCAAUUUUGACAUGCCAUUGCAGAGUAAACACACAGGUUUAAUUAAUAACGUUAAUUAGGGCCUUGCUUCACUUAGGUGUGCCUAACGGAGCAAGCUAAACAGCAGGGCCUUGUAAAUGCAGGCUGCCGGGUUGACUCGUUCUGGAAGACAAAUGUAGAGCCACUGGAAGACGCGUUUUACUGCUGAGGCUAACGGGAACCGGUUUCACCUGCUUCAAUAACUGCGACGCCAUGCGCGAACUUGUACCGGAACAACCACUCAACUGAACAGAGAUGACAUUCGAUAUCCUCAUCCAAGCUAAUCCCAGUAUGACCGCAAACAAGCGCAUCUGACAAAAUGUUUGCAGUCCUUCACAAACACCACUCGUCCCUGAUAGAGGACUGUUGGUGUGCCAUCUCAGCCUCCUACCUACCCAAGCUCAGCUCCCAAGAUUAUGAGUUUGUAUAUAUUGAUGCAAAGGGGGAAGUGUUCUCCCGCAGCUCCCAAUUCACUUUCUGCGCUCCGAAGCCACUUGAGGAUCUGGUGACUUUUGAGGAGGAGCCCCAUGGAGAGGAAGGAGGCACAGACAUGUUGCUGGUAGUGCCUAGAGCUGAACUGUUGCAGGGUCGACUGCAGGAAUGUCUGCGAGAGCGAGCUGAGCUGCUGCAGGCGCAGGAGGCGGCAAACAGGCAGAGGGAGAAAGACCAGGAGGAGUACAAGAGGGCGAGGGAGGCCUGGGACAGAAGACGCAGAGGGCAAGAAAGUGAUAUCGCCAGGCUGCAGGAAGAGCUGAAGCAGAGUCGAGAGAAGAUCGAGGACAUGGAGAUGGAGCAGAAGGAGGAGCAGGCUUUUGGAGAAUCACUAGCCCAGGAGAAAAGUGCUUUAUUGGAUGCGAGCGAAGUGCGAAUCAAAGAGCUGGAGGAGGAUAUCAAAACCCUGACUCAGAGAACGGUGGAAAGAGAGACUGAGUUGGAGAGGAUGAAGGAAAGAGCAAAGAGAGCUGGAGCUCAGAGAAAAGAAGAGGAGAGUGACAGAAAGAGCCUGCAGACAAAGCUGGAACAGACAGAAGGUGAACUCCGAAGUCUGUCUAAGGAGUUCCAGUUCUUGAGGAAUUCACUGGCCCAGAGAGACACAAGUGUCCUGCAGCUCCAAAACAGCAUCACCACCCUCACCCAGAAACUCACUACUGCCCACAGGAAAGAGGCGGAGAACGAGGCCACACUGAAGGAGAUGCGGAGCCUGCGGGAGCGUCUGAACCUGAACGAGCGUGCCACAGAGGGCUUGAAGAGUGAUCUAAGUGCCAUGGUGUCCCAGAGGGAUCACGGUCAGGCAGAACUGCAUCAGGCUCGUCUGCAGGCUGCCCAACUCACCCUUCAGCUUGCAGAUUCCAGUCUGGUCAUGAGAGAGGGAAGAGCCCGCUGGGCCCAGGAGAGGCAGAUUCUGCAGCGCACUGCUGAGAAGGAUCAUGAGCGUCUUGAGAAACUCAACACAGAGAUGCAGAGGAUGGAAGAGCGGCUGCAGGAAGAGAGGAUGGAGAGAGUGAAGCUGGAGGUUGAGCUUGGGAGAGAAAAGGAUUGCAACCGGGUUCAGCUGAGUGAAACCCGCAGGGAGCUCCAGGAGCUAAAGUCCAGCCUGAAGGUUGCCCAAAAAGAGAAGGAGCAGCUACUUGCAGAGAAACAGGAGUUGAUGGAGUACAUCUGUCAGCUGGAGCAGAAGAUGGGAACGGUGGUCAGUGCCAAGUGGAGCGCUGCUCCGAUUGCCUAUGCAGAUCGGCCCAGCAGUGUGUUAUCUGACUCUGAGGACGAGAACCCAGAGGCUUUGCAGCCCCUCCGUCCACCAAGACCUCUGGGACACUACAGCCUGUGUGAGCAGGGCCAGCCGGACUCCUUGAUCCUUGCCACCCCUCCUCCCUCCCCCAGGGAGAUGGAGAGGAGCACAGUGGUCAUCAACCAGCCAGCCCCGCUCUGCUCGCCACACCAGACCGACGCUGACACUCUGGCGCACAGCUCUGAUUCGGAGGAGGAAUCUGAUACACUUAAGUGUGGAAGGCACAGCUCUGGAGAGGAAACGGCACUUUUGCUGCCUGAACACAUGGACACUGUUCUCAGUGAUCUGGCCGACACCUCGCUAUGGUAACCGGUGGACGUCCAGCCACGGCGAGCGAUUAAGAAAGAGGAGAAGGGGGGACUUUUUUGGAGUUUAUGUGGUUUCACAUUACUUCCACUAACAAGCACAUAUACAGCUCACUCACUACACAGACAAAAUGUUAAUAUGCAAUUUACAUCAUAUCUGCCGUGAACCCUGGUUUCCCCCCCCCCCCCCCAACUGUUGUGUUAUUAUUGCUCUAGCUGUUUUGUUGUUAGGAAUGACAUAAUGCUUGUGGUGGCAGGUCGACACUAUGUUUAUGACUGACAUAAGACUUUCAGUUUGAAGUGGCGUGCUUUCGGACACGGGCUCUGGCAUUUUGAGAGUUUGCAGGUUGUAGCGGAAUUAUUUCUGUUGAAUCAUUGCAAUGUCGAGAGCUUAACGAUGGAUGUUAUGUCGUUUUUAUGACAUCUGCGAUUAGGAUUCAUGACAGGCACUGUAAUUAUGAUGUUUUGAGCAGCCCCGGCUUCCCUGGAAAUCAUGAUAAAACUCUCUUCCAGCAUUAAAUUCUCCACAGCAGCUUUGAACGCUAUUCACGGCAGCAUAAAGUAAUAAUGAUACAGCAUCAUGCUAGAAUUAUAUUGCAGUAAUCUAGGUCUAUGACAUCAUAUUUUUCCUCCAUUUACUCACAAGCAAGAUUUGAUAUGCACUUUCUUGUUGGCAAGAGCACUUGAUUGUUGUCGUGCGGAUGCAGUUAAAGAGAUUUAGUGACGCAGAGAUGCUCUAAGAUGGAACAAGCAUUUAAAAAAGAAAGCUUAUCGAACAGAUUGUGUUUAAAGUCUAUUAAAUAGAUGCCGGAUGCAACUUUCUACUUCAGUACCUUCAUAUAAUCAUUAUUAUAAAAUGAAUGCUCAUUCGCUUUACACUAUAGAUCAGCUAUAGUUUUUACUUUUUAAUGAUCCUGGAUUUACUAGCUGGCCAUUAGGAUAUUCAGUGUUUGUUACAGUUUGUAUUGUACAGAAAUCUCACAUUCACGCAGUUGUAAAUUUGUGCCUAAAAUAAUUUUAAAAAGAGUCAAAGAAAAUCAUCUUUAUAGAUCCUGACGCAUUGACAUGGUGUUGGUAUUUUCCCUGCGCCCUAUGGCAAUAUACUGCCUAAUAAAAAUAGCCGCCUACCUUUUAAUCAAUACUGUAUGCAUUUUUCAUGAUUUUCUAUUUAUAAUUAACUUGAGUUAUGCUGCAAUUAAACUAUAUUCAGGUUUAGUUUUAAAGAGGUGUUUUUCACACAGCUGUCUGUGCAAUGUAUGACAAAAUUUUCCAUGCUUGGCUAAGAAAAUGUGCUCGACACUUUGAUGCUUGAUUUUAUCUGCUGUAUUUGCACCCUAUUUUUUACGAUAUAAGAGUUUUUAGAUGAAAACGUUGAUAUAUGGAUACUUAUUAUGUUAGUCGUGUCCUUUCAUUGUUAUCUUAAUCAUUACCAUGGUGUGUUGUGUUUACGUAUAUAUUUUAUCUACACUUUAUGUUUUUACAUUCUGCUUUCAAAUACUCACUUUGACUCUAUUACGAUUUGAUAUAAGAGUUAUAUUGCUGCAAGAUAUCGGUGCUAAUGAAAGGGAACGAUUCCAGCACGUUGUGUUUAAGGUGAAAGGAAUUGAUUUGAAUGUUCAAACAGGAGGACCAGGAUUAUGAAGGUAGUCACCUCUCAGUUACCUUGUGUCACUGGGUGUUCUGGUGUUGUAGUACAUGUUGAUUCUCCUUGUAUAGAGGUGGGAAUGUUUUGAGGAGCCUGGUAUUCUUUCCCAUAAGAUAGCACACUACACCACAUGUAUUCUCCAUAGUCCUUGUUUGUGGUUGUAUUCUGACUUUAUGUCUUAUGAAUGUUGUGUUUUUUGUUGUUCCACUGAGAGCUCUAGUACGAGUGCUCCUCGUCAGGACACCGUCUCCGGUUGCAAUAAAGCUCCAGUGGUUAUGGUUUGUUUUGAAGUUUUGUGUGUGUGAAGGUUAUCCCACAUGUACACCGCCGUGUAUAUUCUUAUCAGUCAUGUAAGGGGGUUUGGGUGGGGUUCUGUGUAAUAAAAUGGUUUAUGUAUCUAU